CCGCACUAAUUGAAAACCCAGCCCACUACUCAUUCCAAAUAAAGGCUGAAGAAGAAGAAGAAACAGAGACAAUAUUUGAUUUAGAAUGGCACAGCAGUUACUGCAGCAAGUACAAAAAAACACACUUUACGUCGGAGGAUUAGCAGAUGAAGUAAACGAAGCGAUCCUGCAUGCAGCUUUUAUCCCUUUCGGAGACAUUAAGGAUGUGAAAACUCCACUUGAUCAAGCCACCCAAAAACACCGUGCUUUCGGCUUCGUUACUUUCCUCGAAAAAGAAGACGCCGCCGCUGCCAUGGAUAAUAUGGACGGUGCCGAACUUUACGGCCGUGUCCUUACCGUUAAUUACGCUCUUCCUGAGAAAAUUAAGGGUGGCGAACAGGGUUGGGCCGCCCAGCCUAUUUGGAAGGAUGCUGAUACAUGGUUUGAAAGGCAACGGCACCAGGAAGAAAUGGAGCGAAUUCAGGCAGAGAACAAGGCUACGAUGCAAGCUGCAGAAGAGUUGCAUAGAAAGAAAAUGGCACAAGAGCGAGAAGGGGAGAAGGAAGACGAAAUGGAGGUAAAGGAUGAUCCAAUGGCAAGGGCUGAAGCAGAAGUUUCGAAGCAGAAUGGCUCUUAGAAAUGGGAAUCACAGUACAAGAGCAUUUGACAAAAACAAUGUUUACAUUUUCACUGAAUGCGUAUUUUAUGUCGAAGUUGUCUGAAAUGCUAAUACAAUGACCUUGUGAGGGCAUCAAGUACUAACAUCAUAUGGUUAAACCAUUAGGGUUUCCUGCAACUGGUUUUGUUGAUUCCAUUUUGGGUUGAUGUACACAUCGAUUUUGUAAUAUCAAUCACCUAUUAGUCUA